AUGGCAUCCUCGACAGCAUCCGAAUCUGUCCCAAUCGAAACGCACCAUGAAGAUAUGAUCCAUGACGCGCAGCUCGACUACUACGGAAAACGAUUGGCAACAUGUUCCUCGGAUAGGACCGUGAAAGUCUUCGACGUUAUUGAUGGUGAUGCGCAGAAAACGGCGGGAGGGCAAGUGCUCAAAGGACACACUGGUCCUGUGUGGCAGGUUUCCUGGGCACAUCCAAAAUACGGACAUAUCCUUGCUACGUGUUCUUAUGACGGAAAGGUACUCAUCUGGAAGGAGCAACAACAGCAAGGUAGUACCUCGGGAACUUGGUUGAAGAUCAAGGAGCAUAACUUGCACAGCGCGUCUGUGAACUCAAUUUCAUGGGCACCGCAUGAACUCGGUGCAAUUUUAGCAUGCGCAUCUUCAGAUGGCAAACUCUCUGUGCUUACAUUCAAAAAUGAUGGCUCAUGGGAUGCCGACAUCUUCAACGGACACGCUAUCGGUUGCAACGCCGUCUCCUGGGCACCCGCCGUCCUUCCAGGCUCUCUCAUAAGUCCCGCCCCACCCGCUCCCCAAGCACCAGGCGCAGGCGGCACUCAGCCCACCCAAUCUCCCGUAGCAACAACAAAACGCUUCGCAAGUGCCGGAUGCGACAACGUCGUGCGUAUCUGGGGAUUCAACACCCAGUCACAGUCGUGGGUAGAAGAAGACGUACUCGCAGGACACAACGACUGGGUCCGCGACGUAGCAUGGGCACCUAACAUCGGACUUCCACGCAGUUACAUCGCAACCGCCUCACAAGACCGUACAGUCUUGAUCUGGACGAAAGACGCACCGAACACACCGUGGGUGAAAACUGCUCUUGACCCAUCGACGGUUUCGAGUGCUGUUUCCAACGCACCGCCUAGUGGGCAACCCGCUCAGCCUGGGAAGUUCCCAGAUGUGGUUUGGCGCGUUUCGUGGAGUUUGGCGGGGAACAUCUUAGCAGUUAGUUGUGGUGAUGGGAAGGUUACCCUCUGGAAGGAGAACUUAAAGGGUGUUUGGGAAUGUGUUAAUGAGUUGGCUAGCUGA